AUGCAGGCAAGCAGGACCGUAUGGAUCGCACCUUGGGGAGGUAAGGCUGGAAAUGAAUCGGGGGAAUUCAUAAUACCUGAUGGUGCUCGUCUUACCAAUAUUGACAUUAGGAGUGGAGAAGCUAUAGAUUUCGUCCGCUUCACUUACAAGGAUCAAUCUGGCACAGACCAUUCUGAAACAUUCGGUAGCGAGGCCGGUGGCUCAUUUCAUAAGAUCACCUUCAAUGAAAACGAGUACCUCAUCACAAUUAGUGGACGUGUUGGAUCAUAUGCUAGCAUCACCUUGGUUACAUCACUGACUUUCCAGACCAACUUAAGAACUUAUGGGCCAUACGGCACAAACCCGGGGACUGACUUUUCGCUUGGGGUCUCAAGCGGUAAGUUUUCGGGGUUCUAUGCAAAGUACGGGGAUUACUUGGACUCUUUGGGUGUUAUUCUUCAGCCGUAA